AUGUUUACUAAACUCUCGCAUAAGGCUCUUUUUACGCUGUCUGCUUUAGCAGCAGUGGUAGGUGCUAUCCCUCUCGGUGUUGACGAAAUUCAUGCACCCUCGGUUAAUUACGACGUUGACAAGAUCCGCGGUGUGAAUAUUGGCGGUUGGCUCGUGCUAGAACCAUGGAUCACUCCAGCAAUAUUCGAGGAAGUAGGGGACGCAGCCGUUGACGAGUGGACACUCACGGAGGUUCUGGGCAAGGAAAAAGCUAGGGACAGACUUUUGGAGCAUUGGGAGGGCUUUGUCGGCCAGGAUGACUUUGAGGAAAUUGCCGCAGCUGGAUUGACUCACGUCAGAAUCCCUGUUGGCUACUGGGCUGUCAUCCCGCUCAACGAUGAUGAGCCCUACGUCAAUGGCCAGCUGGACUUUCUUGACCAAGCGGUUUUCUGGGCUCAGUCUGCUGGUCUCCAAGUAAUUAUCGAUCUCCAUGGAGCUCCGGGCUCUCAGAACGGAUUUGACAACAGCGGCCGCAAAGGCCCUGUUCAAUGGCAACAAGGAGACACUGUUGACCGGACAACCGCCGCGAUUCAGGGAUUGAUUGAUCGAUACUAUGAAUACCCCAAUGUCAUAUUCGAGGCUCUCAACGAACCCAGCAUCCCCGGUGGUGUGGACAGGAACCUUUUGAGCCAGUACUACGGCGACUUCGAGCAGAGAAUUCAUGAAGCAACGCCGGAUGCUACUUUGGUCUUGCACGACGGGUUCAACCCAGUGGACAGCUGGAAUGGUUUUUUGUCCGAGGACAACGUGGUUAUUGACAACCAUCAUUAUGAAGUUUUCGAUAACUCGCUUCUGACAAAAGACGUCAACACGCAUGUCCAAAACGUCUGCGCGCACAGCUCUGGACAGCUCCAGAAGUCCGACAAGUGGGCUAUCGUAGGUGAAUGGACUGGUGCCAUGACCGACUGCGCGAAAUACCUCAACGGCAAGGGAGUCGGCGCUCGCUACGACGGUACCAUGUCCGCUGACUUCAGUGCCGGUUCAUGCGAUGGCAAGUCUGUUGGUACUGUGGCCGACUUCUCCGACGAAGACAAAGCAAAUACCCGUCGCUUCAUUGAAGGUCAACUGGACGCUUGGGAGCAAAAUAGUGGCUGGGUGUUCUGGACCUGGAAGACUGAGAGUGCUCCUGAAUGGGACAUGAGGCAGUUGCUUGCCGAGGGUGUGUUCCCUCAACCUCUGGAUGACCGACAGUUCCCUGGCCAAUGCGACUAAGCGGAGUGGGCUCCAUAUCUUCUAUUCUUUUACAUCUCCGGCCUUUUUUUGGUUGUUUCUUUCAUGGCAGUAUACGCCUAUUAUUACUUAUUACUAGUGCUUUUUUAUUUCCCGGGGCUUGAUUUUGGGUAUUAUUUUGCUUUAAUCGUGAUAGACAAUAGACAUGCGGUCGAUCCAUUAUUUCCAUUAUUUCAUAUCUGUAGGGGUAUGUGUUAUAUGCAAUCGACAUUACCCAUCAUUUAACAAAUGCAGC